AUGGUUAAUUCUUCUACAACAACUUCAUCCGAUUCUUCAUUGUGGGAAAAUAUUGUCAACGCAUUGAAGGAAAACAAGGGACUUGCAACAGUACUAGGCUCAGCUGCUGCUUCUGUUGUUGGUUUCGUUCUCUAUAAAGUUUUCUCUCAAAAUAAGAGUACUAAAAAGUUAGCGGUUUCCAUCAAGACUGCAACUGAAAAGCCUGUUGAAGUAGCUACACCAGUUCCAACUGAACCUGAAUGGAUCUUGUACAAUGUUGAAGACGCUUCUGGAAUUUCAUCAUGGAAGGUUUGCAAUCAGAAAAAGAUUGGAGUUUCCUUCAAGAUGCCAGCACAAUAUGAAGUGGAAGUCCACUCUCAAGGACCAAUUACCACAAUUACUCUCAUUGAUGCCUCUAAUAUGAAUAUGAUGAUGGGAGGUGGUGGUGAUGCUACCAUGAUCACUAUUGAAGACGUACCAGCUGAGCUUGAUAUCAAGCAAUAUAUGAAGAAUAACGUUUCUGCUCUUGCUCAAACUCAAGUUCCUUUCAGAGUUUUAGAAGAAACUGAUCGUAUCAAGGUUAAUGGAAUUGAAGCCUGCCAAAUGAUUUCUGAAUUAACAGGACAACAAAAAGUUAAAAUCUUUGCCAUUGCUUUCAAAAAUCCAGAAGAACCUAACAAAGUUUUAAUGUUCCAACAUAUUGGUACUGACAUGAAGGCCUUUGAAUCAAAUAUUGGUAGAACUAAAAAUAUUAUUCGUACUGUCAAAUUGCAAAAGGGAGAAUUGUUUGGAAGAGUUUCUUACAGAAAUGACAAACUUGGAUAUAUUCUCAAUUUGCCAUCAACUGAUUUCCUAGCUAUCGGAUCUGCCACUGAUCGUGCUCUCUAUUUGGGAAAUAAGAAUGUUGAAACUUAUAUGAUUCACUAUUCAAAGGAAGAUAAUAUUGAUAAGGAAAUUGUCAUCAUCUCUAAUGAAGCUCAAGACUUUGAACAGUUUGUUUCUGAACAAAAGUCUCUUCAUUCAACCAAGACAGGAUACAUGACUCUUGGACAAAUGAAAAUUGGACACAGUAAUGGUGAACUUAUUGCCUAUAGCGAUAAAGCUCACUCUUAUGUUGCUAGCGAGAAAGAAAAGUCUGAAGUCCAAGCUGACUAUGAUUUUAUUGAAAUUUAUUUCCAACGUGGAUCUAGUAUUUACACAAUUUUAGGAAGAUCAUUGCCACAAAUUAGUGAAAAAUUCAAAGUUGAUUUCCUUACUAUGGUAAAGAAGAUGAAAUUCUUUGAAGAUGUUAAUGCUUCAUCUGGUUCAUCAUUGAUUUAUGAAAAUACUGAAUUCAACUUUAAGAUUUCCCAACCAAUUAAAUUGCAAGCUACAGCAAAGGAAAAUAAUAGUGACAAUCCAGUUGUUACGUUGUUGGCUCAAAACGAUGAAAACAGUCUUCCAUUGGAAACCAUGGUUUCAAUUGCUGAACCAAAUCAAAUGAUGCCAGUUUCUGAUUUAGACGGUUUGUCCCAAUUAAUGAAGGCUGAAUUACAAAUGAUUCAAAUGUACUCUGGUGGUUCACCAGUUAACAUUGAAAGAGAUGGAAUGAUUAAACUCAAUGAUGGUUCUGAUGCUUUCUCAAUGAUUUACUCAAUGGUUGAUCCAAUGAGUAAUGAAAGUUUGGUAAUGCAUCAAACUGGUUUAUUAUUACCUUCAAAGAAGAUUGCCAACGUGAAGAGUUACACUUACCAACAAAUGUACAACGAUCAAGUUAAGGCCAGUUUCGACUCUAUCCACAAGAGUAGAGGAAAAAAUAUUAGUGAUGACGAAUUAGAAAAUCAAUCAAAGAAAACAAAACCAACCAGUGGUGAUGAUUUUGUUUAUGAAGAGGAUCUUGAUGAUGGAUAUGAUGAUGAUUUAAAGGGUGAUGAGAAUGAUAGAAGAUACUUGGAAUCACUGGGUGAUGUCGACCGUGAAGAAAUCAUCUCGGAAAGAUACGAGAGAAGACUCGACCUAAGAAAGAAAAAGGAAGUACUUAGAAAACAAGGUAAAUUGAUAGAAAGAGGAAGAAAACCACAAUCUGCAAGUAAACCUAUUGAACAAAAACAAAAUGAUGAGGUUGACUUGUCAUUGGACGAAGAAGACGAUGAACCAGUAAGGAAAAAUACAAAGAAGGCAUCAACAGCUCGUCGUACCAGAAGAUCAAAACCAUCUUCUGAUGAUGAUGAGGAUUACGAAGAUGAUGAUGAUCAAGAACCUGUACAACCAUCCAGAGGUCGUCAACAACAACAAACAAGCCAGUCACACCAUGAAGAGAGUGACGAAGAAGACCAAAAUAUAUUUGGUGAUGGUAGUGAUAAUGAAGAGGAAUCCUCAAAAUGUAAAAUUACUAAAAAAGAUAUAGAAAGAAUUUUAAUUAGAAGAUCAGCAUUGGAAAAGGAGUUUAAAGAACCAUACUUUGCCAGCAGCGUGGAAAAAGCUUUUGUUAGAGUUCUUGUUGGAUUCAAUGAACGUGCAAAAAAGAAAACCUACAGAUUGUGCCAAAUUAUUCAAGUUCAAGACAUGACCAAGGACUAUCUUUUUGGAACAAAUAAUUCUGAAAAAACUAAGAAGGGAUUGCUUCUCAAAUUUGGAGUACAAAAGAGAACUUGGCAAAUGAGUGCUAUUAGUGACAACAAGGAAAUAGAAGAGAAUGAGUAUAAGGCAUGGAAGGCUGAAAUGGAAAAAGUAAAUGAGAAAUUCCCAACAAGAAAGAGUUCAGAUAUACAGAUGAACAAAUUGAGAACAUGGUUCAAGAAAGAAGAACUCAAAAAGGAGGACUUAUAG